UCUCAAUCCCAACAAAUCUACCAAUCCUGGCACCCAGAAUUAUAAUUCCCACAGUGUUUCCUUUCCUUUUGACUCAUCCGCCUCGCUGCUUUGUCUUUUUUAUUCUCUCUUUUCUUCUUUUCCUUGGUCCUGUUUUGUUUGGGUUUGCUUUCCUCUUGCCAGUAGAGCAGAAACAGGGGAGGUAUUAAAAAUAAGAAGAAUCUUCACUCAGAGGGGGGAGAGAGAGAGAGAGAGAGUUCUAUUUUGCUACGGGGAUGGGUUGAUAGUGGAUGGAAAAGCGGCUGGAUCUUUCGGUACAGCUGCUUAGCGAAGAAAGAUUCGCUCUUUUCCACGAAAGUAGGAUUUUCGGGAUAUUUCUCCUGGGUUUUGGCUCUCAAGCCGCAAUUGUUAUCUGUCCCUGUGUCUGAUUUCUUUUUCGGUUGAGCUUCUAUUCUUCGAGCAAUCAAUUUGUUCCAUGUUUUGAUCGAAACUGAGUUGUAGAUGGUGGAUUCAGUCUCAGGAUUACCGAGGUUUUGAAUGUGGUUGCUGAAAUUAUGUGAACUGCUGUUGAAGGAGGAGUCUUUGUUUGCUUUCUUCAAAGGAGGUCUUGUUUCUGCUUCUUGAUGUGGAGGUGAUUUUUGGUGCAAGCAAGCGAUUAUUCAACUAACUUAUUGGGUUCUUUUACUCUUUACUACCCAAUAAGGUGGUUUGAAAUUCAUCCAAUUAGGAACACAAGGCUUCGCAUACAUUUUGUUGGCAUUCAUUGAGUUGAGUGGCUUUAUGAAUUGUGUUUGGAAAAUAUGUUUUGCUCCUGGCUUGGAUCUAUUACCUAGGGUUUUAUAUUGGUGAAAAGAUUGAGGCUUUGGAGACUAGAACAGUUAGCAUUGGUUUGUCUGCUUGGAGUCAUGGAAACGUUGCCACGUGCUGAAUCCAGGUGCUUGUAUUCAUGGUGGUGGGCUAGUCAUAUCAGCCCAAAGAAUUCUAAAUGGCUCCAGGAAAACCUUGCAGACAUGGACAACAAGAUCAAAGAAAUGAUCAAGCUCAUAGAAGAAGAUGCUGAUUCCUUCGCGAAAAGAGCAGAAAUGUUCUAUAGGAAACGCCCUGAGAUUAUGAAAUUGGUGGAGGAAUUUUACCGAGCAUACCGUGCUUUAGCAGAAAGAUAUGAUCAUGCAACUGGAGCACUUCGCCAGGCUCAUCGAACAAUGGCAGAAGCAUUCCCCAAUGAAAUCCCAUUAGUGUUGACCGAUGAGCCCCCACCUGGAUCUUCUGCCUUGCAGGAGGAUCCUUAUUCUUUUAAGAUGCCUCCACCCAUUCAUGAACUGUUCAACCCUGAUGACUUACAGAAGGAUGCAUUGAGUGUGCCCUCACAGUUGAAUGAGAUAUUAGCAGUUGGAGAGGAGACUACCUAUCCAAAUACCACUAAGGAGAGGGUAAGACGAGGCUUGAAUUUCCAUGAGGAACAAGGAAAAGGGUCAGAAUAUAAGCUACUGAAAAAAGAAAUUUCCCGGUUACUGACAGAAAAUCAAGAUCUUAAGAGCCAAAUUACAUCAGAGUCAGUCCGUGCCGGCAGAGCUGAAACUGAAGCACAAAGCCUGAAAGACACCAUGUCUGAAGUAAAAUCUGAAAAGGAAGCUGCCUUUCUUCAAUACCAGCAAUCCGUGGAAAGGAUAGCUAACUUGGAGAUGGAAGUCUCUCACAACCAAGAAGACAUUACAAAGCUUAAUGAUGAGAUGUUAAUGAGAGCUAAGAAUCUGAAUGUUGCACAGGAGAAAUGCCUUUUACUGGAGAAAGUAAAUCAAUCGCUACAGUUGGAACUCGAGGCUCUUAGGCAGAGAGAAAAAGAGCAACAGGAAGAAUUUAAUGUCAAGCAAGAAGAGCUGGAGAAACUCCACAUUUCCAUCAACGAUGAAAAACAAAAAAAUUUGCAGGCUGAAAUGGCUCAAAGUGCUUUGGAGAAGCUGCAUGCUGAAUCUCAAGAAGAGAUGAGGCUUUUGGCGCUGCAAAUUCAAAGUGGAAUCGAAAAGCUGAAGGACAUCGAACCAAGCAAAGUGAGCUCAGAAGAACUACUGAAGAUUAAGGCGGAAAAUGGUAGACUGAACGAACAAAACCUUUCUUCUGCUUUAAAGAUAAUCAAUCUGCAGGAUGAGAUAAUUUUCUUAAAAGAUUCAAUAGUGAAACUUGAAGAUGAAGUGGGUCUGCAUGUGGAGGAAAACAAACUUCUUCGGGAAGAGCUCUCCCGUCUAAAAGAAGGUAGAAAUGAUUUAGAACAGAGACAUUUUGCACUAAUGGAGCAAAUACAAGGAGUGAAUUUGAAUGUAGGGUCCCUUCAGCUAUUAGUUAAGGAGUUGAAAGAUGGAAAUAAUGAACUAAAGGAGAUCAUUAAGAAACAUGAAGAUGAAAAAGCUGCUCAUUUGCAGAACCUAAAACAAAUGGAGAAAGUGUCAGAGAAGAAUGCUCUUGUGCAAACCUCUCUUUCAAAUGCAAAUGUCGAGUUAGAAAGAUUAAGAGAGAAGAUAAAGACAUUAGAAGACUCCUGUGAAUAUUUCCGUGGCAAGAUUUCCAUCCAUCUAUCUGAAAAGGCUGUGCUGGUCUCCCAUGUAGAGGCUAUUGCUCGGAAUAUGGAGAAGCUUUUGGAGAAAAAUACAUUCUUGGAGAACUCCCUAUCUGAUCUGAACAUCGAACUUGAAGAUCUGAGAGGAAAGCUGGAAGGCCUUGAGAAAUAUUGUCGAUCUCUUCAUGAUCAAAAUUCCGAACUCAUUGCUCAAAAGACUGCUCUUGUGUCUCAGGUAGAAAGCAUUAGUGAGAGUCUGGAAAACUUGGAAGUUAAGUAUGCAGAAUCAGAAAACAAACACUUGAAUUUAGAGAGGGAGAAAAAUUUGACAUUUCAUCAAAUAAUGGAGCUAAAGGAGUUAUUGAAUCUUGAAAAGGAAGAGCGUCAAACUGUUAUCCAGUCCAACAAGAGUCAGCUGAGUGCUUUAGAGCACAAUUUUUUUUGCCUACAAGGAGAAAUUCAGUAUAGAGAGGAGGAGCUUGAAGUGGAACAGCAUAAACUUUUAAGUGCCCAAAUUGAGAUCUUCAUCUUGCAGAGAUGCUUGUGUGAUAUGAAAGAACAAAAUAUAGUUCUUUCUGAAGUUUGUCAGAAACAUCAAGAGACAUCAAGCCAUGCAGAAAAUUUGAUUUUGCAACUCGACCAGGAUCGCCACAUUCAAGAGAAAAAUCUAAAAUCUCUGUCGUUGCAUUAUGAAAAGCUGAGGGAUGGUGUUCGUCUCAUAUUAAAAACUCUAAUAGUUGAGGAGGAUUGGUCUUUGGAUGGUAUCAAAGAUGAAUUACUUUUACAGCUUAUUUUGCAUGAAAUUAGAUGCUUGCUGAAAUUUAGUUCAGAGGACAAGGAUGAAAAACAGCGUCUGCUUUCUGAGAAAUCAGUUAUUUUUGGCCUUCUGGAGCAGUUUGGAAAGCACAUGGUAGAUAUGAGAUCAGAAAGGAAGGUUCUCGGGCAAGAAUCUAAAAUAAGGACUGAGGAACUGUUACUGUUGCAUGGCAAAAGGCAUGAACUCUUUGAGAUGAAUGAAAAGUUGAGGCAGGAUAUGCAAUCAGGUAAUCAAAGACAGGAAGCACUCAAGGCUGAAAUGGAGAUUCUUUAUGGACGGUUAUCAGAUUUUCUGCAGGUUCGUCGCUCAUUGCAAAGUGAGAUUGAUAGGUUACUAGAAGAAAAUUGCUUCUUGUCAAAGAGACUUGAUGACUUGAGGGUGAAAGAGAACACAUUGGAAGAGGAAAACAGAAUCAUCCUUGAAGAGGCCAUGGCCCUAGAAUUUCUUUGCCUGAUCUUCAGAAGUUUCAGUGCUGAGAAAGCAUUAGAGCUACAAUUAUUGAAAAAUGAUGUGAACUAUCUUCAUGAGGCUAGAAAUGAGCUUGCCCAGGAGAACAGACUAAUGAUUUUAAAAAUGGGAGAUCUAGAAGUUGAAAAAGCAGGUCUUAGGGACUUGGUUGUUAAUCUGGGUGAGUGCAGAAGGCGUUUGGUGAUGCUUGAGAAUGAUCUUGAUGCAUUAAAACAUGUCUGUGAACAACUGAACCAACAAAUUGAUACAGGAAGGAACCUUCUAAUACAGAAAGACAUGGAGCUGUUACAAGCAAAUCAAAAGAUCCAACAAGCACAAGAUGUGACAGUAGAAUUAUGUCGAAGUAUUGAGAGCUUUAAGCUAGAUAUUAAUAAGGGUAAGAUGGUAAGAGAAGAGUUAGAGAAGAAGAUAUUCACUUUGGCAGAAGAUCAUGCCCAUAAGAAAAAUGAGAUUCUAAGUCUUCAUCAAGUAAAUGAGAUGUUGAAAGGAGAACUUGAUAGAGUGCAGAAAGAGAUUGGAGAGGUUAGAAGCAGAGAAGAGCAUCUGACUUCUGAACUGUGGAGAGGAAGAGAUGAGGUCAAGUCCUUUGAGGAGGAAAUUGCAACAUUAUUAGCUGAAAUUCAAUCUACCACCAUCAAUGCAGCGCUCUGUGAAGAAAAGGUGCUUGAACUAACAGCAAAAUGUGAUAGCCUUGAGAUAAGUGCUAUGGUACGAAGGGAAGUGCUGAAUGAGGAAAUCACUCUAAGAAAUGUGUAUAUGGAUGAGUUGAAGGAAAAACUGGAGGCUCAGGAUAGAGAAAACAGAGAACUUAAGACAUACUUAACUGCAUAUGUUCCCCUUGUCAUGUCUUUGUGGGGUGAUGUUGCCUUGCUGGAAGAGCGCAUCCUUACGCUAGCCAAUCCUAGUUCAUCAGAAAAGCAAGAAAUAAAGGAAGUUCCUUUGGUGCCUCUUCAGAGUAAGAAGAGCAAUCAACAACCUAUCAAAGAUAAUUGUGCCAUGGAUCUGACAGGAAUUCUGAAGUUGCAACAAUUGCAUGCCAAAGUUGAAGCACUCCAGAAGGUGGUCAUGGAUGCUGGAAGACUUUUAGGGAAGGAAAGAUUUGACUCGGAUUAUAGUCUGGAAGCUGCAAGGAAAGAAAUUGAAGGCUUCAAAUCAAAGGGAAACUCAGAUGAUGAAAUCACUAAAGUGAAGCAUGAGCAGAAGAUGAAGGAUAUACAACUUGAUCUUGUUUCAAAUUCUUCACGACAUGGCAAUAGUGUUGGUUCAUAUGGGCUAAGAGAGACAGGAAAUGCCAAAUCUAAUGAUCAGACACUUGAAUUAUGGCGAACAACUGAAAGGGGUCGCAACAAUUACAUAGAGAUAACUCCAUCAGGAACUACAGUGCAUGAUUUGAAGUAUCACCAGAUGAAAGCAAUGGAGGAAGGAAAGGGCAAGCAACCUAUCUGUGAACUGCUGGAUGAAAAAGAGUUGGGCAUCGACAAGCUGGAGCUACCCGAAAAAGCUAUGAUGGAACCCCAUCAAGAAUGGAACAGAAGGGUCAUUGAGAGGCUUUCUUCUGAUGCUCAGAGGCUGUUGGUCCUUCAAGCAAGUGUACAGGAACUGAAAGCAAAUAUGGGAACAUCUGAAGAGGUUAGUAAACCAAGAGGUUUUGAAUUUGAUACAGUCAAAGCACAGUUGAAAGAGGCUGAGGGAAUCAUCUCGCAGUUGAUUGAUACCAACAGCAAGAUGACAAAGAAGGCUAAAGACUUCAUCUCAUCCUCUGACAAUUUGCUUGAGGACAAUGUAGAGAUGGGGAGCACAAGCCAAAGGAUAAUCUCAGAACGGGCACAGAGGGUGUCAGAAAAGACUGGAAGGUUGGAACUGGAGCUGCAAAAAAUCCAGUAUACGUUGCUGAAACUUGAGGAAGAACAUGCAAAUAAGGGAACAAGAGCUGCAGGAAAAAGAUCAAAAAUCUAUUUGCGGGACUAUCUUUAUGGAAGGAGAAACAGCCGUAGACAGAAGAAAUCCCCUACUUGUGGCUGCUUCAGGCUUAAACCAAAGGAUGAGUAGUUCUUUUUCCUACUGCAUCGAUCACUUGAUACUGCAGCUUUGACAGAAGAGAAGGUUCAUGCAAGCAUACUAUUGAUAAGCUUCAUGAAUGCAGUAAAUUAUUUCUAUAUUGUCUAAUUUUCUAAGAGAAGUCUUCAUUUUGAGAUUCAUAAAUAAGUAGUUCUGAUUUAGCAAGGAAAGUAUUAAUGUCGGCCUGAUCCAUAUAAGCCGUUUAGGUGAAUUUUCUUUGCACACAUGCAUUCAUGUGGAUGUUUAUGUGCAUUCAUUAUUUCAGUAUGGAAUUCUCCACAAAAACACAAUACUAACCCUCUUUCCAGCUACCUGUCCGCUUUGUAAUUUUCCAAUGAUGCUUAUCAAUAGCUACCUAAAUUUUUACA